AAACUAUAACGCAGUGUCGCCCCUCGCGGCGGCGCAAACCAUGGUGGGAACGAGCCCGGUUUGAUGGACAAAACCUAAGCCAAUGAGAAUUUCCGCUUUAAGCACGCUGUCCUGACAGACAUGAGAAGGAACCACAGAGCUAAACGUUUGUGGGUCACCAGCCAAUAGGAAGUGCUUUCUGGAGUGCGGUGGGAGGGCUUAUAUCCUAUCAGAGAAAGAAGGCCGCACUGAAGGCAGAAAAGCGGAAAGAAAAUGGCGGCCGUGGCUGCGGAGCCAGGAGCUUCUGCGGCAGCAACCACAACGGCGGGGGAGGGAGCGGAGCCGGAGUGGGAGACUGCGCAGCCCCUCGCGGCGGAGCCAGAACUCAAGGCCGAGGCUGCGGCAGAGCGCGUCCCGGGUAUGGACCUUGCGUGCCUAUGCGAGGAUGGAGAUGCAGCUCAGGAAUGCAGUGUCGCUCCACCACGGGAGGCGCAGUGCAGCGCCGUGCCAGAGGCCGGGGGACGCGCUCACUGUCACCGGGAGGAAGAUGAUGAGCACGGCAGCGCCGGGGAGCCCGGAGCGAGCAGGAGCGUCACGGCUCCGACGAACCCCGGCUGCGAGGCGGAGGCGCACCACCAGGGAGAGCUCGACGGCGGAGCGGCGGAGCGGAGCGCGCCGCUGUCUCCCGCCGGCGCUGAGCCUGAGGCGGCGGACGAGGUGAGCGGCGGCUCCCCUGGGCGGACGGGACUGGUCUCCUCCUGCAGCCCCGAGCUGGAGACCGCGGCGGUGCCCCUGGAAACGGAGGAGCUCGCAGCGCCGGCCCUGCUGCUGCUGUGCGCGACCGAGUCGUGGGGACCAGAGGGAGACCGGACCACCGGGUCCGCAGCCGGCAGCGACGCCCCGUUCACGGACGCGGGGGACGCGCACCGGGGGGAGGACGCUGCGCUCGGACGCGCCCCAGCUCACACCGCGACGGGACGAGACUCCCCGCGGGGGGACGCGCGCACUGACCCCGCGGCGGUGGAGUGCGAAGCAGCCGGGCUCAAGCUCGCGGCAGGCAGCGGGGAAGAGCGAGGGCUCCGAACCGAGCCCAUCGCCGGACUGAUCCCCGGCUCCGAGGUCCGGGUGUCACUGGACCACAUCAUCGAUGACGCCCUGGUGGUGUCGUUCCGGCUCGGAGAGAAGGUCUUCUCCGGGGUCCUCAUGGACCUCUCCAAAAGGUUUGGGCCGUACGGGAUUCCAGUCACCGUGUUCCCCAAACGUGAAUACAGGGACAAACCUGAACCUAUGCAGCUAAAGACGGAUCUGUUGCCGUCGGAUGCGGAAAAGGGAGGGGAUGGGUCUUCGGCGGACCUCCUGCACACGGAGCCCUCCCAAGUGUCCACUGUGCCCACCCCCAGUCCUGUCCUUGACUCUGUCCCCGAUCAAUGGACCUUAAAGCCUCCUCCUCUGUUUCAGGAGGGGGCCCCUUACCCCCCACCUUUGUUUAUCAGGGACACAUACAGCCAGUCGAUACCUCAGCCCCCUCCUCGUAAGAUCAAGCGGCCGAAGCGCAAGCUCUACCGGGAGGAACCCACGUCCAUCAUGAGCGCCAUCAAGCUACGGCCGCGCCAGGUACUCUGCGACAAGUGCAAGGGCGCUGUGGUGGGGGACAAGAGGGAGGUGCGGAAGGCUCCUGCUGGUGAUUGCCGAGGUGAUGAGGCCAAACGACGGCGGGGUGAGGGCGCACCUGCCGUCGGAAAGCGGCCCCGCACUGACCCCAGGGCUGAGGAGAGAGGCCGCGCUUCAGAAGGGUCGAGGGUCCGGGUGUCGACAUCCACAGGCCAAGCCAAAGCCAACAAUGUAGUAAAGGUGGUGACUUCCUCCACCUCCUCCCACGCCAGCAAUUCUCGAGUCCAGCUUAACACCAAGAAAGUGCUACAGAGCAAGAACGUGGAUCACUCCAAGGCCCGCGAGGUGCUCAAGAUGGCCAAGGAGGCACACCGACGACAGCGGGACAAAGUGGGCUCUGGGGCCAGGGCCAGGACGCCAAUGACAAGGGCCUCCUCUCUGCAGGACCAGAAGGUCCACUUCACCCGGCGGCUGCACCAGAUCAGUGGGGGGGCCGGAGGGGGCAACACUGCCCCCCUGCCACCCCGCAUCCGCAUCAAACCCCAAAGGUAUCGUAACGAAGAGAACAACUCUUCCCCUUAUAAGCCUCCAGGCUUUGAGAAAGUGCCAGGAAGUAGAACCGCGCCCAAGCCUGCUGCUCCUCGCUGUACCUCCACUCGCUCCUCCUCCUCCUGCUCAGGAGGUGUGGCCACCGCUGCUGCUGCUGAGAGCCAUGGCCUAACUGAAGAGCUCGAACCUGAGCUCAGCCCCCAAGUCUCACCCCAUUCUCAUUCCCAUUCCCACCCAGAACUGGAACCCAGUCCAAUUCCCAAGCCUUUCAAGGAUGACGGGGAGCCGGAGACGGAGGCUGAGGAGACCGGGGGGCGGGAGGAGAGGCGGGAGAAGCGUGGGCCCAAGGCUGGCAACCUCACAGUUUACAUGUCCCUCCACCCCGGUCAGCCAGACUCCUCUAGUGUCUCCGUGUGUAGUGUUGACAGUGCAGAUGACCUGAAGUCCUCCAACUCGGAGUGUAGCUCCACCGAGACCCUUGACUUCCCCCCUCCUGGUGCAUUGCACUCUCCUCCUGUCCCCAGCACCUCCUCCAUAGGGAUCGCUUCCUCUACCACCUCGUCCUUCUCCUCCUCAUCAGUGCCCAAGGAGGAGAAGAAGUCCAGUAAACCCUUAAAAACUGCGGUCUUUUCCAAAAAUGUCUCUAAGUGUGUUACUGCGGACGGCAGGACCAUAUGCGUAGGUGACAUUGUUUGGGCCAAAAUUUACGGCUUUCCGUGGUGGCCGGCUCGCAUCCUGGUCAUCACCGUAAGCCGCAAAGACAACGGGCUUCUUGUCAGGCAGGAGGCCCGCAUCUCCUGGUUUGGGUCGCCCACCACUUCCUUCCUGGCCUUGUCGCAGGUCACUCCGUUUCUAGAAAACUUCCAAUCACGUUUUGACAAGAAGAGGAAGGGCCUGUACCGCAAAGCCAUCGCUGAGGCGGCCAAGGCUGCCAAACAGCUCACCCCAGAGGUGCGCGCCCUGCUCACACAGUUCGAGACGUGAGUGCUUGUGGUGGGAAGGUCAAUUUAACACCCACCCCAGUCCCCUCCGCUGACCCGGUUAAUGGGUCGUCCCUUUUGUUAACUCGACCCCCACACAUCCUGCUGUUUCCCACCCCUAGGCUUGAGUAGUGAGAGAAACCAGAUGGAAAGGCGUCAUGCCGGCUUACCGCAACUCCUGGUUCCCUUUCGUCGUUUCACCUAACGGUUGGGAGUGGUAGGCCAGGUAGCCCUGAGGGAGAUCUCUGCUGCAGGCUUUCGACAAUACUGUGAGGGGCACCUGGAGCGGGCCAGUCAGGUGAGGCCCGCAGGUUGGGAUGAUGCCCCCAGAGUGGUUUUGAUGUCAUAAUCAAUCUUUUUUUUUUUUUUUUUUUACUCCUAGUGUUGGUUUUGUCCAGAUGCUGACAAAGAAGAAGUGUUUAAAAAAAAAAAAGUCUGAGAACCAAACCGAUUUCCUGCCAGGUCUCCAGACUUGAAUUUGCUGCAGAAUUGAAUUUAUUGCUGCUGCUGCUGCUGCUGUUCUGACCUAUAGCGGUUCCUCAAAAUCUCUGAAGUCCUCUUUGAACAAUCCUUCCACCCUUUGUCCUCAGCAUGUACACUGGGGCUGGUUUAGCUUGGCGGUCUCCCUUCCAUAUAAUUGACUUUCUGGUUAAUGCAAUUGACCCCCAGCAGAGCGACCAUCUUCCUGGCGGGGGCGUUGUUGAUGGUCGGUGACAUUUGGAGACGGUCCAGUCCAUUGGCAGAACACAGGCGGUUCCUUGCAGGAGUCUGGUUGCCUGGUGACACUAGAAUGCUGUCGUGUUGAGGUCUGUCGAUGUCUAUGGAAGACACCCACAGGUUUCGUUUAAAGGCUGUCAAACAUCACCCAGGGUGUCCUUUUUAUUCAGUGCGACAUUUAAUCAGCAGCUUGUUGAUGGCAUGGUCAGAUGGCAUGAUAUAGAAAUAUACUGAAGUUUUUUUUUGUUUUUGUAUGAGGUUUUUUUUUUGUUAAUUCAAG